AUGAGUUACAGAGAAAGUUUAGUUUUGUUAAACUGUUUGUGUUGGGCAAUUUUGGCAUUAGCUUUGUUUUCUUCGGCUGAAAAGCUUUCGGUUUCUUACGAUGGAAGAGCUCUCACGAUUAAUGGACAAAGAAAAAUUAUCAUUUCGGGUUCAAUUCAUUAUCCUCGCAGCACUCCUGAGAUGUGGCCAUUUUUGAUAGACAAGGCUAAAGAAGGUGGCAUUGACGCAAUUGAAACCUAUGUGUUUUGGAAUGCACACGAGCCUCAACAAGGCCAAUAUGAUUUUUCAGGAAAUAAUGAUCUCGUCAGAUUUAUUCGAACAGUUCAAGAACAAGGGCUGUAUGCUAUUCUCAGAAUUGGACCAUAUGUUUGUGCGGAAUGGAAUUACGGUGGAUUUCCUGUUUGGUUGCAUAACCUUCCCGGCAUUGAGUUCAGGACCAAGAAUAAAGUUUUCAUGGAUGAAAUGGAAAAAUUCUCGACAGUGAUAAUAAAUACGAUGAAGGAUUAUGAGUUAUUUGCAUCACAAGGAGGACCCAUCAUUAUUGCUCAGAUUGAAAACGAGUACGGAAACAUAAAAGGAUCAUACGGACAAGCUGGGAAUGAAUAUGUAAAGUGGUGCGCAGAUUUGGCACUUUCUUACGACCUCAGCAUUCCUUGGAUCAUGUGUCAAGAGGAUGAUGCUCCUCACCCCAUAAUUAACACUUGCAAUGGAUUCUACUGUGACCAGUUCAAACCCAACAGCAAAAACAGUCCCAAAAUGUGGACUGAGAAUUGGACUGGCUGGUUCAAGGCUUGGGGUUCAAGAGAUCCCUUGAGAACAGCUGAGGAUCUUGCAUUUGCUGUGGGACGUUUCUUCCAAUACGGUGGAACCUUGCAAAAUUACUACAUGUAUCAUGGUGGAACGAACUUUGGUAGAACCUCGGGUGGUCCUUAUAUCACCACGUCGUAUGAUUACAAUGCACCUCUCGAUGAAUAUGGGAAUAAGGCCCAGCCAAAAUGGGGACAUUUGAAGCAACUUCAUGAUCUUGUGAAGUCUAUGGAGGAAGUUUUGACCUAUGGUGAGGUCAAUCACACAGAAUACGGUCACUUGACAACAGCAACAAGUUACACCUAUAAGGGGAAAUCAAGUUGCUUCUUUGGAAAUGCAGAAAAUGGUGACAGAGAUAUCACCUAUGGAAAUACAACCUACAAAGUUCGUGGUUGGUCAGUCAGCAUUCUUCCUGACUGCAAAACUGAAGUUUACAACACUGCUGAGGUAAACACUCAAACAACAAUAUGGGAGAAGGUUUCAAGCCAGGUGGGAAACUUCAAAGAGCCAAUGCAAUGGCAAUGGAGAGACGAGAAAAUAGAAUUCGUAUCACGUGAAGGUGAAGUUGCUGAUACUGCGAUGACUGCCAAUCGCCUUCUUGACCAAAAGGUUCUCACAAAUGAUUCUAGCGAUUACCUGUGGUACAUCACCAGCUUCCAUCUUAGUGGAUCUGAUCCACUUUUCGGCAAGAAUGUAACUCUACGUGUUAAGACCAGUGGCCACAUACUUCAUGCAUUCUUGAACGGGAGGCAUAUUGGAUCACAACAUGCUCAAAAGGACAAAUAUAGUUUCGUAUUUGAGAAGAAAAUCAGCGAUCUAUUAUUGUAUGGAUUCAACCAAAUUUCUCUACUAAGUGCCACAGUUGGAUUGGCCAAUUAUGGAGCACACUUUGAGAAUUCUGAGGUAGGAGUUCAUGGCCCAGUUGAAUUGAUGGCUGAUGGAGAAACAAUAAGGAAUUUGUCAAGCAAUGAGUGGUAUUACAAGGUUGGUUUGGAUGGUGAAAAGUCGGAGUUUUUCAAUCCCAAUUGUCAACUAAUGGAGCCCUGGAAUUAUGGCAAUCUCCCAUUGAAUCAGAAUUUCGUUUGGUAUAAGACCACCUUUCAAACUCCAAGCGGAAGUGAAGCCGUGAUAGUGGAUUUGAUGGGCAUGGGGAAGGGUCAUGCUUGGGUUAAUGGACUAAGCAUUGGAAGGUAUUGGCCAAGUUAUCUUUCAAUUGAGAAUGGCUGCUCUUCAAGUUGUGACUUCCGUGGGGCUUACUCUGAUGGCAAGUGUGCCACUAACUGUGGAAAGCCUACUCAAAGAUGGUAUCAUAUCCCAAGAUCUUACCUGAAUUGUGGAGGAGAGAACACACUGAUUUUAUUCGAAGAGUUUGGUGGGACGCCAUUGGAUAUAGAUAUCCAAACAACGAGGGUGAAAAAGGUAUGUGCAAUGCCUUAUGCAGGAAGCACGUUGGAGCUAUCGUGCCAUGAUCGAACCAUCUCUGAUAUCAAGUUUGUGAGCUUUGGGAACCCCCAUGGCACUUGUGACAGUUUCCAGAAGGGUUCCUGCGAGUCCUCCACUGCCUUAUCGGUCAUCGAGGAGGCAUGUGUUGGACAAAGGGAAUGCUCCAUUGAAGUUUCGGAAAAGAAUCUUGGAUCAACUGGUUGCAAGAAACGUAAUCGCCUCGCUGUUCAAGUUACUUGUUAGAACAUCUUGUAUUUUAGGUUUUUAGGCUUUUAGGAUUUUAGAUUUGAUGUCAUUUUCCCUUUUGUGUUCUUCAUAUUUGAU